CACGGACCUGCAGGACUUCGAAUGGGAGACGAUGGAGCUAGAGCUGGUGGGGUCGAGUGGGUCGGGGUCGGACUGCGGCCUGGAGCUGUGCGGCGGGCGGGAAACGCCCUGCUUCCCCGGCGAUACCGCCAUCUACGUGGCCAGCAUCACGCCGGGCUCCAUCGCUGACGGAAAACUGCGCGUGUUGGACCGCAUCACGGAGGCGUGCGGCGUGUCGCAGUGGUCGCGCGGCGAGGCGUGUGCGGCCGCCCUGCGCGCGGCGCUGGCGCAUGCGGCGCCGCACAGUGUGCCGCACGUGCGGCUGCCGCUCAGGGUGCAGCGCGCGCGGGCCACGCGCACCCUGCUGAGGGUCGCCGCGGCCGGGAUCUCCUUGCAGCAAGGUAUAUUCAUCAGCAAAGUAGCAAGCGGCAGUGCGGCCGCGAACGACGGAAACCUUUACGUGGGGGAUCGAGUCGUGAGCAUAAACAACCGUUCUGUGGAAGGUGUGAAGAGCGCGUCAGAGGCCAUGGCCCUGCUGCGGGACACCCAGUACGACUGUGUGCUGCUCACAGUGCUGCGGCCGCUGUACCCGUGCUGCGACCCCGCCGCGAGGUACCGCCGCAGACCUAACAGAAUGUCGAUGUUGGAGAAGUCAUACAAAGAGGAGAAGCCCUCGAUGUGCUCGCAGCAGGAGGAGUGGCAGACGCGGGCCUUCACACCGCCUCCCACGCAGGCUAAGUUGGAGGAAGGUCUGGGUGCAGGCGAGUUUGAGCGGCGCUACGUGUACCACGUGGCGGCUGGCAGCCAGGGGAAGAUACACCAUGAGAGAGGUACAUGGGACAUGAUCCGGGGCAAGAUAGAGGCGGUUACUGGACGCAGCAAAUGUAAAGAGAAACAAAAUAAGGUGCCUGAAUCGGACGCUAUCGCUGAGUUAGACUCCGUUAUCGACAGUUAUCAUGGCAAGACAAUCAAAGAAACCAGUAGUGUACUGAAGCGAUCACGACGGAAAAACAAAGAAUCACAAAAUGAUGUCAAGAACGGUGGCACGUGGCCAAAGGCCAGAGCCAACUUUAUCCUCGAGGAUAACGCUACCGGCACCAUAGUACAACCACGGUCCAGGAAGGAGAGGCCACCACUAUCUAUUCUACUCAGCCCGCCGACCAAGCUUCCCCCGGAACCUCAACGAUCCAAUACGAAUCGUAAUUCGAACCCUAUUCCUUUAGGCCACUUGCCGUUAACACAGGUGACAGCACCCGCAAGACACUCUGUCUACAAAUCCAUAGAAUCGACCCCCACCAUCGAACAUUUCCCAAAGCCUGCCCCGCUUACCAUUCACAACCCUUUUGCUUCACCAAACACAAUGAAUUUCGAGAAAAGCAGAACAUUAGAAAAGCACAGAGAGAAGCAUUCUAUAAGCGAUUAUGAGCAUGAUGUCACGCCUAAUAGACUUAGCUUAGUACUGAAUCCUUCGGAUGACUCGCUGGACUACCAGCCUCAACCGAGGAGUCGAACGAAGAGUCCACAUUCCUUAGACUUCAUGGUGAACAAAGGGCCUAGUUCUUUGGAUUUUGUAACGCGCAAGUCACCGAGUUCGCUAGAACAUUCCAUAAAAAACCACUCGGGGAAAGACAUACUCGAUAACUAUUAUACAGCGAAGAAAUCAUCCCCGAAAACCGUGAACAAGUAUCCAUCAGACAGCGAUAGUUUCGGUCCUGAUAGUUUGAACAGCAAUGCAAACUUUCCUAUGACAGGCACUCUACCUUCACAGAAUAGAUUACAAUCGCAGUAUUAUAGAGGGCCGUUCACGAACUCUAACCCGCACAAUUCGAGUCGCUACACACAUCUUUCCAGCCCGACUAACAUACCCCAGAGUCAAUCCGGGGAGAGCAUUGGAACCAGUUACGAGAUGCAUUCAUUCCCUUCUCACACGCAUAACAUGUCCGAUCUUAAUCCAGUUCCGAGAGUCAAUAGAGAUUAUCAUCACACAUACGAGGGCGGCACGUUUCCGAGAAAGAAAGAAAACCAAAGGUUUCGAAUACCUUCAAACCCUAGUGUGACAUCAAAGAAUUCUGCAGGGAAACUCAGCACGGGUUCUAUCGAAAGGAGUUCGGAAAGAAACUCGCCGAUGCCUACAUUUCAUGUUGAAGUCUUGAGUCCAGGUCACGGAGUUAAACAACUAACGCACAAAACAAGAAACUCCAUGCCUGAGUACUGUGGAUUAAGUUGGAACAAGCCCUUACCCGGAGAGUUGCGGCGAGUACAUAUCGACAAGAGUCAACAACCUCUUGGUAUACAGAUAUACUGUCCGCCCAGCAGCGGAGGCGUGUUCGUGUCGACGGUGAACGAGAACUCAUUGGCUAGUCAAGUCGGCUUGCAGGUCGGCGAUCAGUUGCUCGAAGUGUGCGGGAUCAACAUGCGCUCCGCUACGUACACCCUCGCCGCUAGCGUGCUGAGGCAGAUAGGCAAUUCCAUCACAAUGCUCGUGCAAUACAGUCCUGAGAAGUACAAAGACGAGAUGGAGACCCCAGGAAGUUCCUCGUCCGGAGAGACUUCUAAUGACGAGGAAGUUUCUUUAUCAGGUUCACCCACACCCAGAAAUUCUCCUGGACCUCAACAGUCUCUACGAAUGGAUGUUCCGUCCACAGAUUCAUCAACGUUGAGACAAUCGCAGGGUAAAGAUCUGCCCAGAUUUCUAUUGAUAGAAAUGAGGAACUGCUCUGAUCUGGGUAUCAGUUUAGUGGGUGGUAACGCCGUGGGUAUAUUUGUGCACAGUGUGCAGAUGGACUCGCCGGCGUACAUAGCCGGCCUGAGAACCGGGGAUCAGAUACUCGAGUACAACAACAUAGACUUAAGAAGAGCCACAGCAGAACAAGCCGCGCUUGAGUUAGCGAAGCCUGCUGAUAAGGUUAGUGUUCUGGUCAGACAUGACCUGCAACAGUAUCAUGAGAUCAAAGACAAGCCGGGAGACGCAUUCUACAUUCGGGCGGGGUUCGAUCGCUGCGCUAAGAUCACAUCUAUAGGUAUGGACACAAUAGACGAGUACUCUCUGUGGUUCCGCAAGGACGAGGUGUUGUUCGUGGACAACACACUGUACAACGGAGCGCCAGGUCUGUGGCGGGCCUGGCAACUCGACUGCAAGGGUCUCAAGCGCCACUGGGGCACCAUACCUAGCAAGUUCAAAGUGGAGGAGAUCCUGCGGCGGUCGCUGGGCGCGGCGGACAGCGAGGCGGCGCGGCGCGCGUCGCAUACGGCGCGGCGCUCGUUCUUCCGCCGCAAGAAGCACCGCGACAGCAAGGAGCUGGCCUCCUUCUCCAACACCGAGCUGGGCUGCUGGAGCGACUCGGGCACGCUCGCCGACGACGCGCCGCCGCUCUCCUACCAGCGCGUCGAGCGCCUGCACUACGGCAGCCGGCGGCCCGUGGCCGUGCUGGGCCCGCUGCGGGAGAUCGUGGCGGGCAAGCUGCUGACGGACUGGCCGCACGUGUUCGUGAGCGCGCGACCCGAGCCGCGCCACGUGGCCGACCUCACCGACAAGGGCAUUCAUUGUAUAGUGGACGUUACGGUGCCAACGAUAGAAAAGUUACAUAAACAUCAAAUAUACCCUAUAGUGCUGUUUAUAAAGUUCAAAUCGUUCAAGCAAAUCAAAGAAGUAAAGGAUACGCGGUACCCUGCCGACAAAGUGUCUGCGAAGGCUGCUAAGGAAAUGUACGAACACGGAAUUAAAGUUGAGAAUGAAUUUAGAAAUUACAUAUCAGCCGAGAUCCCCGCGGGCGUGAACAUUGCGUACAUGUGCACGCAGAUCAAGGAGGCCGUGGAGGAGGAGCAGAACAAGACGCUGUGGGUGCCGGCCGCGCAGGCCUGACCCCUGCCCCCGCCUCCCCGCGGACCCAAGAGCG